AUGUUCACUGUGUUCACCAUUAAAAACAAGUCAAACUCCCCGGAGAAAAAUAUUUUGCAGAGGCCUGGCGAGUUCGUUCUUACUUUUUAUUGCUCAGCUCACCAAUUUUCCAACCUUGGAGACAACCUUCCCAUGGCUCGCAACUUAGCAGACGAAAAUUGGGUCCCCUUUGGCCUGUAUUCUCAAGUCAGUGAAGGAUGCACAUGCAUCCCAGCUAUUCAGAACGUGAAGAUGGACGCCAGAAAGAUUGCGGCGAGGGCCUCUAUUUCCGUCGACGGCGAGCCUCCAAGGCAUCCCUACUUCCGUUUUCGUUCGCCCCCAACUGCCGAGGUGCACAGCGAAGGCGAAGUGGCAGCGGGAAACGCGACCCCUUCGGAGCCAGCGAUCUGCCUCGGAGGGACGCGUGAUGACGCACUGCAAGAUACCACAACAAAACGCGCUGCGGGCGGCGAGAGCGGCGCUGGAACCCGACGCCACACCCCACCCUCCCUGCCCUGCAUCGCUGAAGGGUGUGGCCGAGUGCUUAGUGGCGGCAUGGACAAGCUUCGUCGGCAUAUAAAACUGGUGCAUAAGAAGGACGAAACAGAAAUGCAGGCACUCCUCGAUCAUGUGGCCGAAGUCUUUGGCAUGCGGCAGGGCAACAAGGACAAAAAAACCCGGCCGGAAUGCGGCUGUCAAAUUCCGAUUGAACGGGGGCAUUCAUAUCCAAUUAAGGAGGUACAAGAAACAUAA